AUGGCUCCCAUCAACAAAGAAACGGACGCCUACAUCAAUAAGAUCGCACAGCCGCCUCCGCCGGGCUCUCCGUAUGCUGUCCCCGUGCCCGGAACCGAGCGCGAAGGCCGCACCGCCAUCUAUCGUCACUGGCGCUUCCGUGACAGCCCUCUCCUCGAGACCUACGAACCACACAGCCAGACUCUGCAUGACCUAUUCGAGAACUCCUGGACAACGAGACCGAACAAGCGCUUCUUGGGAUGGCGCCCAUGGAAUCCAACUAGCAAGACAUGGGAGAACAAGUACGUCUGGAUGACCUACGCCGAAGCUGCGGAGCGGAGGAAGAAUCUAGGUGCUGGUAUCGUCGAACUCCACCAUCGCAUUGGCGUCACGGGCGAUAAUUACGGCGUUGGAUUAUGGGCGCAGAAUCGACCGGAAUGGCAAAUCACUGAAUUGGCGCUUGUCUCCCAAUCGCUAUAUCCAGUAUCACUAUACGAGACUCUUGGGCCGGAAACCUCUGAGUACAUCAUUAACCAUGCGGAACUGAGCGCCGUUAUCUGCUCCUUGCCGCAUAUCCCGACCCUUCUAAAGCUGGCCCCUCGUGUCCCAGCCAUGAAAUUCAUCAUCUCGUUGGAUCCCUUGGAUGAUGGCGAGAUGGCUGGCCAUUCAAAGCUGGCCCUUCUCAAUAAGAUGGCCGCCGAUGCUGGUGUUCAGAUCUACUCUAUGACCGGGGUGGAGGCUAUCGGAGCCAAGUCAGGACGCCCAAUGCAUCCGCCUAGGAAAGAAGAUAUUGUAACCAUUAAUUAUACAUCGGGGACCACGGGUGAUCCGAAGGGAGUCGUCAUUACCCACGGAACCGCAGUUGCGGGCAUUGCGGCUGCGCGCUCGAACGCUACUGUCCAAGACUACGAUGUUCACAUAUCUUAUUUGCCUCUCGCCCACAUCUACGGCCGAAUGGUGGAUCAAACUGCAAUCGCAACAGGUGCUUCCAUUGGUUACUUCCAUGGAGAUAUCACUGGAUUAGUCGAUGAUAUGAAGCUCCUACAACCUACCGGCCUCAUCUCCGUGCCGCGCCUCUUCAAUCGCUUCCAGUCUGCCAUUCAGGCCGCGACAGUCGAGGCAGAUGGAGUGAGGGGAGCUCUUUCACGUCAUGUUAUCAACACCAAGAAGGCGUCAAUGAAGCUCCCACCAGGGCAGGCGACUAACAAGCACUUCCUCUAUGACAGGAUAUGGACACCGAAGGUUGUGGCAGCCGUCGGGCUUUCGCGCGCUCACUCGAUGGUUAGCGGCAGUGCUCAGUUGGAUCCCGAUGUCCAGGAGUUCCUUCGGGCAGCCUUCGGCCUCAACUUCAUUCAAGGCUUUGGAAUGACUGAGACUUACGCGGUUGGAACGUGUCAAAUCCGUGGUGAUUUCAGCACGGGCAACAUUGGCGGCCCUUGUCCCUGCGUCGAAAUCUGCAUCGAGUCAGUGCCCGACCUGGAGUACUGCGUCACCGACAAGCCGAACCCUCGAGGCGAAAUGCUUAUGAGAGGCCCAGUUCUGUUCAAGGAGUAUUUCAAGAAUCCGGAGGAGACCAAGAAGACCAUCGAGCCUGAUGGCUGGUUCCACACUGGCGACAUUGUUGAAGUCGACAGCUUGGGCCGCCUCAAGAUCAUCGACCGGAAGAAGAACGUCCUCAAGCUGGCUCAGGGCGAGUACAUCUCCCCGGAGCGUAUUGAGAACGUGUACAUGGGAAGCUCCAACGUCAUUACCAUGGCCUAUGUCCAUGGCGAUCCCAAGCAAUCUACACUGGUAGCCAUCUUCGGCAUAGAUCCGGUGCACUUUGCGCCUUACGCCAGCAAGAUCCUCAAGAAGACCAUCUCGCCGGACGACAAGGAGGCUUUGAAGGUCGCUGCCAACGACCCGCGCGUGAGGCAGGCAUACCUCAAGCAAUUGGACGACAUCGGAAAGCGCCACAAGUUCAACAGCUAUGAGCGAGUACGGAACUGCUAUUUCGAUAUCGAUCCAUUCACUAUUGAAAAUGAGCUGUUGACUCCAACCCUGAAACUUAAGAGACCUCAGACGGCAAGAGCGUUCCGAAAACAGAUCGACGCAAUGUACGAAGAGGCCGCCGCCAAGGCUGAUUCAAAGGCCAGAUUGUAG